AUGUCUUCCGUCAUGCAUACAUCUUCCAUAACCACUCAAGUUGCCGCCGUUCACGAGCCAGUCGGUACUAUUAUCCUGAAGGACUCGUCCAUUGCAUCCGUGUGUCAGGCAGUCAUUGGGCGAUUCAUAGAUGAAGCCCAGAUCAGCUUUCCGGAAUACACUCGUGAUCUCGAGCUUGAGGCCCGGGUGAAGGAGAUCGUUCACUCAUGGGGAAACGAGCAACUCCUUCGCCACUAUGUAAUCACGGUCCCCACGCUUGCCGUCACGGCGUACAGCCACAUUACGAGCAUGGACACAAAAGUGCUGAUUACUUUAUUCACGAUAAUUAUCCUUGCGAUGGACGACCCCGCCGUGCUGGACUCACUCUCAUUCCGCGAAUUCCACCAGAAGAUGUGCAUGGGUGUCGUACAACAAGAAGCUGGUAUGUUGGGCGAGCUGACGAAGGUCCUCAAGCAGAUGUGGGACCACUAUUCCGCAUUCUCCGCCAAUUCCAUCUAUGUGUCAACCCUUCGAUUUGUGAACGCGUCCAUCCUGGAACACGAUGCGCAAAACGAGCCACUGCGGAGAGGUGCACUGCCAUUCGUGGAGUACAAGCGGAGCAUGUCUGGGACUACUGAGGCAUACGCCUGUUUUGUUUGGGAAAAAUCCAAGUUUCCGGAUAUCAAGGAAUACAUGCAAGCCAUCCCCGAUGCCAUGCUCUAUGUGAGCUACGUAAACGAUAUCCUCUCGUUCUACAAGGAAGAACUUGCAGGCGAGACCGGCACUUAUAUCCACGAGCGUGCAGCCAUCUGCGGGAAGUCUGCUGCAGAGACACUGAACGAUGUUGUCGACGACACAUUGGCAGCAAUAGCGCGAGCCCGCACAAUCCUCGGCGAGGGACCAGCCAGGGACGCGUUUGAGAACUUCGCAGCAGGCCGGUGGCACUGGGCCACUUCACCCAAGAUAUCUUCAAGCUUUGAGGUUAUGUCCAAGUCGUCUCUGUCUACUGUUGUCUCAAACCUCGUUCGAGCUCAAUUGGGCACGUCUGUCUCAAGUACGGUUACGGACGAAGACCUGGAUCAUCAUGUCGCCGAGCUCAUCUUAAAGGAGGCUAAGCAGAAGGCGGAACGAUAUGGGAAAGACGGAAUUCGUGCGUACUUGCCAAGUGGAUAUUCAGAGAGCAAUGUUCCCAAGGCAAACAAACGGUUUCUGUCGUCUAUAAUUCGCAGUACAGACGAUCACAACAAGACGAUUCUCCGUGCGCAGGCUCUCGCAGCACAGGAGGUGAGGGUAGAGCGAGAAGAGCAGGAACGUCGGGAAAGACGCGCUCGUGCUGAGGAGGCAGUCGCUGCUGAACGAAUGAGGCGGUCGAUGGGAACUAAUAGGAGGACAGAUUGGGCACACAAUUGGGAUCACGGCGACAAGCGUGAUCGGAAGCGAAGAGAGCGGAGCUGGGAUAGCGGGGACGAGGACGAUUAUGAUGGCGAGAGAGAGCGACGGUCAGGGAGGCGUGAUCGUGAGCAUCGCCAUCGUCAUCGACCAAAGUCUGGAGAGCGCCACCAACGCAAAGACGACGACCGUCGGUCAAGAAGAUCCCGCGGCCGCGACGAAGACAAAGGCGAAAUCAAGAGCAGGAGACAUAGACGUGAUAGACGACGAAGUCGAUCCAGAUCGCCCGACCAUUCUCGGGAGCGUUGGUCGGACGAUGAUGAUACCCAACGGAAACGACGACGAGAACGUAGUAGGGAGCAUCGGCGAGAUUAUCGUCCGAGUCCGUCCCCUUCUGCGGCAGGCCCAUCCCGCCGGCAUUCUCGCUCCUCUGGGCGUUCAAGUAAGCACCCCGCUACUGCCUCAGAUGUCGACGGCGAGCGCAGCAACCAUGCCGGCGAAGACGCAUCCUCUCGUCCAGAAGGUGGGCUCUCUAGGGAGGAUGAGCUACGGGCACAGCUCAAGCGAAAAGGCAAAGCAAAGCCGAGGGAAGACUCAACAAGUCGACGAAACUCACGUUCAGCCAGCCCCUUCAAGUUGGUUGAUGGUCAACCUGAUACGAAGGUGCCGUUACAAGACAGAACGUUCAAAUCUGCGUCAUCCUCUUCGCGCGCGCACGCCUCAGCUGUGAGCACCCCUCGUACUCCACCUCCACCAGCGGCGUCUCCUCCGCCGCUUCCACCACCGUCUGUACCAUCCAAGAUGGACAAGUACUUCGAGUCUUCGUACGACCCUCGACUUGAUGUGGCCCCUUUACCACUGCCUCAGGUGCCCUCUACUGGCCUGAUUGACGAUGCUGAGUAUGCGGGAUGGGAUGCUAUGCUGGAAAUUAUUCGGCAGCGACGAGAAGACAAAGCUGAGAAGAAGGUUCUUGAACGGUGGGGUCUGGAUAAGGACAAGAGCAAGAAGCGGAAGAAGGGAGACGAUAUUACGCCCGCUCUCUGGUCGGAGGGAGGAUCGGAUAUAAUGAAUAUUGAGUAUAAGAAGAAAGGCUCGGUGCGAGAGUGGGAUUUAGGGAAGGAGGGGUUCUAG